AUGACCAACGGCCCCUACCUGAGUAAACUAAUUAAGUUAUUGUGUGUGUUUCUGAUUGUGUUGGUCCAAAUGGAUUAUUUUCCUUCAUCAACAAACCCUACCUCGUCUGGUUCCUCUUCAGUGCCGACCAAGGAGAGGAAGACAGAGAGUAGUAGUAGUAGUAGCAAUGGCAGCUGCAAGAAAGGUAACAAAGGAGAAGUGAAGCUAUCAACUGAUCCACAAAGUGUGGCUGCAAGGGAAAGGAGACACAGAAUCAGUGACAGAUUCAAGAUCUUGCAAAGCUUGGUCCCUGGUGGGAACAAGAUGGACACUGUUUCUAUGUUGGAGGAAGCCAUUCACUACGUUGAGUUCUUGAAAUCUCAGAUUUUGCUCCAUCAAAACUUGAUCAUUAACAAUAAUGAUGACCCUUCUUCUCUUUACUUUAAUGGUUUUCUUCCUCCACAACAAGAAGAAGAAGAAGUUGUUUAUUUGGAUACCAACUUUAUAGACUCAGCACUGCAACCUUCAAUCUCAUUACCUAUUCAAGAAGAAUAUUAUUGCUUCCAAGGAGAAGAUCAAAUGCCACAUCACCCAUUUAUGAAUAACUAG